GCCAGGAACAAGGGGUGGAGAAAAAAAAAAGAAACAACGUGAAUUUUACUCGUUCCCGGAAGUCUCGUUGUUUCGAACGUCCACAUUUUUCGAGCGUCUCUUUUCUCCUUCGAACAAUCGGAAAAGCAUUCAUUUCAAUCAAAUCUUGAGGAUCGUUGAUUGAAAAACUUUGGACGGAGAAUAUGUCGGGCAAUAAAUGUGUUAAGCCACCUCGCAAGCCGUACACGAAAGAGCCUCACGAGAUGAGCCAUUCCGAAAAGCUCAGACUCAUUGACGAUGAGCUUAAUUCUUUUUACAAGUACUGCCAGCAAGCUGGAUUCACCGAAGAGGAGAUGGACAUUAUUUGCCAGCCUCUGGUUGCAGCGAUGCGUCGUUCCUGGCUUCAGCUGGUGCUCCGGGCAACUUUGAUUCUGAUUGUUAUCGGUACAGUUGCUUGUGCCGCGGCGCAGCUCGACUUCGUCGGAACUCACUUUUCGGCAAUAAGCCGUUUGUUGGCUAUAAAAAUUUUGCCAUUUUGGAACUGGCAACAUUUUUAUCACGAGAAUUGCAUGAUCAACAAUCCGUUUUACAACGACUAUCCCAUUACCGAGGAAGACUGCGUGACUUGUGAGGCACUUGAGACAAUCGAUCGUCUUUCGGACGUCAGAUAUCGCCACCUCGUCGACAACUAUUUGAGCCGUGAUGCCCCAGCAAUAAUAACCGAUGCUAUGGACUCGUGGUCUGUCAUGAACACAGAUUACUUCUGGUUCGACAAUAUUACCCACCUUUACCUGGAGAACGAGCGUCUUAUGGAAACAGUGCCGUGUGCUCUGACAUCGAACUUACGAACCGGCUCAUCCGAUCUCGCUGCAUUUUUGCGUCGAGUUCAUUCGCCCGAAGUUGGCAAGUGGUUCGUGCAUUGGCAGAAUUGCGACAUAAACGCGGUGAAGGUGCUGCGUAAAUAUUAUCAGCGUCCAUACUUUUUGUCGAGUACCGUGUCGCCCGCGCACUUCAACUGGGUCCUCAUGUCUUCGGACUACAACAGUCCGAGUUACAAAAAAGUCGAGCUCGACUCGGGUCUCAUAGCACUAGCACAAUUGCGUGGUGCGACGCAGCUGAGACUGACGCCGAUAAAUCCAUGCAACAGUUCGUGUCCUGAGCUCAUAGCGGAUUUGCAUCAGGGCGAAAUGCUGGUGUUUACGAAUUUGAUGUGGACGUUGGAGUACGCACCGAUGAGAGGCCUCGACAACAUAGCGAUCCUGACGGAGACAGUUUGGGAAGAAGAUCCUUAAAAAAUCUCACGAAUUUCACGAAUUCAACCAUUCACCAAGUUUCUUAUCGAACCUCUCGUAGAAAAAAUGCGAAAAAUAUCCAUAUAAUCAACGAAAAAAAGGAGCUCGAUGACAAGAAGGAGAGAAAACAAAACUUUUGUCUAAAAUAAAUUCAAUAAACAAUAUGAUAUCCUAACGAAAUAUAUCGACUCCCAUCUCGA